AUGGCGUCCGUCUACGACAAAUCCUUCAACAAAAAACUUGAAGGAAACAUACCAGCUGUCGCUUAUGAAAGGAGUGGCAACCGCAGGCAAGAUCUACGCAAGGUAGCUACAGAGACAAUUGGAGCAAUACCAGCUAUCUUGGAGGCUUUGGAGAGGGCCGGGAAAAGUCCUCGAUAUAGCUGUCUUUAUACCGAUGAUGAGGAAGGAGAGAUCUGCCCUCAUUUGAACAGCGACAGCCCUUAUUUUCCAGACCACACAACAGAGAUUAAAGUUGUUAGGGACGACACCCUGGAUGCCGCAGACAAUCUUUCGCAUUCGCUAGGUCUUCCAAGCUCCCUCGCUACUGCCCCAGUCUGCAUCCUCAACUUGGCGAAUCAAUCAGUAAUUGGGGGAGAUUAUUGGAAUGGAUCCAGAGCACAGGAGGAGGAGAUCUGUCGCCGGACUACACUCGUCAAUUCUCUGCAUCCUCACUUCUACCCAAUGGAAGAUUAUGAAUUGAUCUAUUCCCCCAGUGUCUAUAUAAUCCGGGAGAAUGGCUCGAGAGCAGGUUACAAGUUCAUGUGGACUGAAACUCCUGAGACUCUGCUCGAAAUCAGUGUGAUCACGUUAGCUGCAGAGUGCCGCCCCAAAUUGAACUCUGCCGGUGACGACUCCCUGUAUGCUGAAUCCCGCGAACUGAUGGAGGACAAGAUGCGCUUGGCGUUGCGGGCGGCUGCUAAUAACCACCACCCCAGAUUGGUUCUUGGAGCAUUCGGCUGCAGAGCUUUUGGGCACCCCGCUAGUGCAGUUGCUGAGCUUUGGCGCGAUGUUCUGUCGGAGGAGGAAUUUUGCGGAUGGUUUGAGACCGUUGUGUUUGCUGUCUACGAUACAAAUCCACCCUACGAAAACUAUACGGCUUUCAAAGAGGUCUUCGACGCGGGAGUGAAAAUCUCUGAAUAUGAAGAAAAUACUAGAGAGUGA